AACAGGCGUGGUGCGGUGAGAACACAACUAGGGAGAUAAAGAUGGCGUAGGAAGGACGAUCCAGAUUCCACUGCCCACAGGACAGACACAGCACCCGGAGAAUCCCCGCUUUCCCGCCGGGAAAUCCCCCCGAACUCUCUCCAGCUUGAUUUCAAAAGUUGCGAAACUACCGAGGGCUUCCGGACAGCAGCCGCCCCAGAUCCGGGCUCUCAUCCCGAGGCCCCGAGGCCCGGAUGCCGCAGAACCGCGGGGUGGGGUGGAGGGGCUGUUUCCAAACGAGCGGGAACAGAAAACCGAAACCAAAACCAGUCAGCCAGCUCCCGCCGCGCCGCCCGCGCUGCGCUAGCUCUGGGCGCCGCCGGCUGCUGAGGGCGCGUCUCUCCUCGGCCAUGGCAUCAGUUUUGAAGGUCAAGGAAUCCGAAGCUUCUGAAAGAACCAUUGUAGUUGCUGGUCUUCCAGUUGGUUCCGUCACUGAUCAAUCGCUGACCGUAUUAGUGAAGAGUCACUUUCAAGAUAUUGAGAAUGGGGGUGGAGUUGUUGAAGAUGUGAUAUAUCCAACAAGAACCAAGGGAGUUGCAUAUGUAACAUUCAGAGAAAAAAAAGUUGCAGAGAAUGUCAUCAGAAAAAAGAAACACUAUCUAGCAGAGAUGGUCAGACCCGCUCAACUCACCGUCUCCCAUUUUAGUGAAAAGGUCUUCAGCUCUGUAAAUGCUGUCCUUGAUCUUUCGGUUUUUCGGAGUCAAAUUGGUCUGAGAAGUCUGGUAAUGGACCUGAAAAGGGAAAUCCCAGCUUUAUGCUUCAGUCCUUUGGAAGCCAAUGGAAGAAUCUCCGUUCAAGGAUCAUUUCUGGCUAUCAAGAAGCUCAAAGAAUCUUUGCUAUUAAAAGCAAGUUCUCUUUUAGAAAAAAACAGGAAUAGACAGAGCCCCAGAGGGAGUACAUGGAAAAGUAGUCACUCUUUAAAGCCACCCAGGUCCUCAACACCUGAGACUAUGAGAAGAGGAGAAAGGCUUGUUCUCGACACAGAUAUUUUCCUUUACCUGAAAAAGACGAGUGGAUUUUAUGAAAGCACACUGAAAAAAUUUCAUGCUCUAUGUCAAGAGACAGUGGAUGGUGAAAUUACCACACUUUGUAUAAGGAAUGCUGAAGGUGGUUCUCAGCCAAACAAUGAAAAACAGGUAAAAGAGCUCAUUGAGAAAUAUUCACAUGCUCUUCACUUCGAGCUUAGAAAGGAGACAUUUAUUUUGGAAGGAAAGGAAAAUAGAGAGAAAAGAAAUAUUAAGCUGGCAUGUGAGCAACUAAGUUCGAGGUACCUUCAGGUUCUGGUUAAUUUUUAUUACACGCACAUUGACAUUAUAGGAUCUUCUUCUGACACGUACUCGUUUAAAAAAGAGGUCAUGAAAUUAAUAAGGCAGAAAGUGAGGUAAUAAAAUCCUCAGCAACAGUAACAAGAAUGGCUGCUGCCUUCCCUUACUGAGCAGUAGUGAUGUCAUGAGUGAUCCCAGCUUUACAGACAUUAUCUCAUUUAAUUCUUUGUUUGUUUGUUUGUUUUUUGGCUGCACCGCACAGCUUGUGGGAUCUUAGUUUCCCAACCAGGGAUCAAACCUGGGUUCCCUGCCGUGGAAGCGUGGAGUCCUAACCACUGGAUGCCAGGGAAUUCCCUAUCUCAUUUAAUUCUUGUGACCAUCUUUCAUCACAGGCAUUUCCAUCCUCAUAUUAUAGGGGAAGAAACUAGGAUUUGAAGAGGUGAAAACACUUGUCUGAAGUUAUCUAGCUGCCCAUCAGCAGGAGUUAAACCCAAAGAUAAUAUCUAAGGUAUAAAACUUCGAAAAUUAUAAAACUAAAUUUAAAGAAACUUCACUUUCUCUGCAACCCCAAAUUCUUAGAAAAAAGAGGUAGCCUUCAUUCUAACAUAUAAGAAGUUUGGAUGAUUACUAUGCCAUUGGCAAUUUCUUAAUAUUUACAAAAUUUGCAUUUACUCCAAAUAGAAUUAGAAUCCUAGCAAAACUCACUUGAGAAGCUACUUAGAUGGUAUUUCUGAUGCAGGUAGUCAUUACUUGACCAAAUCCCAUAUUAGUAUAAGGCUAUUGGACAUACAGAACAUUUUUACUGCUGCUUACUUAGCCUAAGUGCUUACAUAAAAUGCUGGUUCUCCUGUUGGAAUUAUGAAGGGAGUAUAAUGUCUACUUUAUAAUUGUAUUGUAAAAUUAAAAACAUUUCAGGAAUAAGAUCAUGGAUGAUAAGAAUAAUAGCAAACACUUACUUGCUAGGCAUAAUUUUAAAUGCAUUACAUACCUUUACUCAUUCAGUCCUGACAGCAGCCCUGUGAGUUAGGUACUAUCUUUAUCGCCCUUUCACACAUGAGGAAACUGGUGCCUAGUGAUAUAAUGUAACUUGCCCAUGGCUCUGAUUACCGAACGGUGCUUCUCCCUUUUGUAGUCUCUCACAAUUCUACUUAAAACAAUUGAGAAAUGUUUCCUUAAAGAUGACAGAAGGAUUUGAAAAUUCUUUACUGAAGGGAAGCCAGAGCUUGUAAGUCAUUUGGUUGUCUGUGACUGACGUGCAUUUAACUUAGCAUUAAGCCAAUUUUAAGUAUCGGGGGCACUGCAGAGACCCUCCCAGGAUAAUAAAAUGAUACAUCUUGCUCAUCUCAAAGUAAACAAACAUGGUUAUGGUAAUUUGAACUGUUUAUAUCAGUAGAAAAGCGUAAGAAAAAUCUAUAUGCUUUCAUUUUUCUUAGCUACCUAAAUCCCAAAUAUGUAAAUGAUUUCUAUUUCUUUAAAUAUGUUAUUUCAUUUCUGUAUGACUAAACUUUUUGCCAUGGGAAAAUUCUCUUUAUAGGAAGUGUCCAAUAAGGUAUCUUUAAAAAGGUGUUUGACUUUCAUUUUGCUUCUGGGGAUUUGUCUCAGUCUGGGUCCAGUCGGGAGAGAGAAGGCACACAGUAAUUUGAACAGGGAAAGUUUAAUAUAAAGAAUUGUUAACUAUGACGGGAUUGGAAUAAUGAGGGAUUGGCUCGUAAGAAACAGAGAAAACUCUACCAAAUACAGGAGUAGUUUAGACACAGCGCCCAGGGAAAACCUCCCCCACCCACCCUACAGGCCCCAAC